AUGGAGGAGUUUUGCAAUGUAUUGCUGCAAAGUGAUUUAAUUGAUCUUGGUUUCUAUGGGAAUAAAUUUACAUGGAGGAAUAGUCGGUCUGGAGAAGCAUUUGUUGAAGAAAGGUUGGACAGAGCAUGUGCUACAAUUGAGUGGAGGGCUUUGUUUCCAAGCAGCAAGGUUGUUCAUCUUCAAGCAUCUUAUUCGGAUAAUGUUCCAAUAAUGCUCACAACUAAUGUUGAUACACAAAUAGCUUGUAGGAAAAAAAUCCCUAGGAGAUUUGAGGAAAAAUGGGUAACACAUCCAGAAUGUGAGGGUAUUAUUCAUGAAGCUUGGAAUGGUGAAAUUUCCAUGGGUAGCCCGAUAUAUAGAUUAUUUGAAAAAAUCAAGAAGAGCCAUAUAGCUUUGGUGGGAUGGAGUAGACAACUAGGUUACUCGAAGACAAAAUUAGAAGAGAAGGAGUCAAAACAAGAGACUCUUAUAGCAAUGAAUUAUGUAGAUAAUCUUGAUGUGAUCCAAAGAGUGAAAGAUGAAAUAAAUGCUUUACUUCUUUAG